AUGGAGUCCGAGAGGGAAGAUUUCAACCUCUCAGGACCCUUGCACUUGACUUUUGUUGAUUGGUCUAAUGCACAUCAUCGAAGAUCCGUCGCAGCCAGUUUAGUCCAAGCCGUCUACAUCCUAGAGCGAGACCGCCAGCUCAAACGCCAGCAUCCAAUCGCACUUGCACCGCCAUGGUGGGAGUUUUUCCACUUCAAGUUGCUUCGCAAGCUGGUAGACGAUGCUGAUCACUGCAUCUUUGGAGCCAUCUACGAGUACAGACCACCAACCCCUCAUGGUCACCAGUCCCUCGAUGCAAGCCCACGUUACGUGAUCGCCUUCCGUGGAACCUUAACCAAGCCCGAUUCUUUCGCACGAGACAUCGAGCUUGACCUCCACAUCAUCAGGAACGGGCUCCACGAGACCUCCCGCUUCGAGAUAGCAAUCCAGGCAGUACGCAACAUGGUGGCAGCAGUAGGCGACUCCAACGUCUGGCUGGCUGGACACUCUCUGGGAGCAGCCAUGGCAAUGCUGGCAGGGAAAACCAUGGCCAAGAAUGGAACUUUCAUACCGGCAUUUCUCUUUAACUCGCCAUUCUUCUCCGCCCCCAUCGAGAGGAUCAAAGACAAGCGAGUGAAGCAUGGGAUUCGGAUUGCUGGCAGCGUGAUCACAGCCGGGCUCGCAUUUGCUUCCAAGAGGAACUACAGCAGCCAGCAGGCGGGCAGUCGGUCUGUGGCUGAUCCUUUUGUAGCUCUCUCGUCGUGGGUGCCUUGCGUGUUCGUCAAUCCAGGGGACCCGAUAUGCUCGGAGUACGUGGGGUACUUUGAGCAUAGGAAGAAGAUGGAUGAGAUUGGGAUUGGAGCGAUCGAGAAGCUGGCGACUCAGAACACAUUGGGCGGGCUGCUGAUGAGUGCAAUGGGGAGGGAUUCGGAGCCGUUGCACCUCAUCCCUUCAGCAGUUCUGGCUGUGAAUUUGAGCCCUGCGCAGGAUUUCAAGGAAGCUCACGGGAUUCACCAGUGGUGGAGGCCCGAUUUACAGCUGCAAUCCAACAUUUACAAGUACAAAUAGACUUUGCUGGUUGUCACACAGGCCUGCCAGUAACCACCCCUGUAGAAGAACUUAUGUCACAUUCGAUUUUUUUUUUUGGUGCUGUUCUUGCCCAUAUUUAAUUUAAUGGAUCAUAUGUCAUGUGAUCGAUAACGGUUGAAUUCAUUUUGUGUCUAAUGGUUUUGAAUCAUACAAUAUGAGCAAUCCAAUGACAUAAGUAUACAUUUCGAAAUCCUGGUUUAAGAAUAUGUAAAUUUGAAU